AUGUUGAUAGCGUCUCGUUCUAACACGGAUAGCGGUUUCGCAGUUGCCUCAUCUACCGCACUGAUAUACGAUUGGGUGCUGACGUUCGGAGAAGAGGUUGAACUGAUCUGGAGACAACGCUGGUCCUUGAUGACUCUUCUGUAUCUCAUUAUACGCUACGUUGGAAUACCAUAUUAUAUCAUCAAUAGUAUGAUGGGAUCUUCGGUGACAGAUGCAGGAUCCAGAAAGAUGCUUAUCUUUCUCACUAUAAUCUUCUUGGUUGUCAACAUUACCUGCGGAGUGAUUGCGGCAAUGGUUCUCAGGCACAUGUCAGGGGAGGAGCUCAUUCUCUCCGGCACACAUGCAUGUGCUUAUAUCUAUACAGCAGACGACCUACUCCUGAUCUCCGUAACUUGGCUACUCGCCGCUAUAUGGGAGGUUCUUGCACUCUGCCUUUCGGUUUGGGUUGCUGUGAAACACUUCCGUGAGCUGCGACGACUCGGCCCAUCGACAGGAUCGAUCAUCAGGGACUGUUUCAGAGUGUUAUUAGAAUCACAUUUGGUUUACUUUGCAAGCUUCACCGUUGUAUGUUGCUCCGCCUUCGGUACUCAGCUCUCUCCAAAGGUCUCGGACCUAGAUUCUGCGGGAGUUCAGAUUUCUAACGCUGUUUUUGAGAUUUUCUCGUACAUACAAAUGUUUGUGCUGGGACCACGCCUUAUCCUUAGCGUGCGAAUGUAUCAUGCCGACCUCGUGGCCAACUCCGAUGCAGCAGCUAGCAUAACCUCAAUUGCUUUUCAGGAUACUAUACAUGUGCCAACUUUCAGUAGUGUGUAGCAGGGGAAUGCCUGUCAGGUAAUCUGCAGGUAUCAGGAAAAAUUGUUUGAGGUUUCGUCAUGAUACUUCGAAUAGUUCUGCGUUCCGGCUUUGAAGAGAAAUGCUAUUUUCUUUUUGUAUCACUACUUGAGUAGCAACUACACCCAAGCUUGCACCGAGUGACGCGCUGAGAUCAUCCUGAAUGUCUCUAUUGUUGGCAAUAAUAGUCUGAUUACGAGAAAGGAUU